ACCUAAAAAUUCAAAACAGCCGGAGCGGGAGGAGAAACGAGUCCUUGGUCUUGUGUUGCUGCGAGGAGAAAACCUAGUGUCCAUGACAGUCGAAGGACCACCUCCAAAAGAUACUGGAAUUGCCCGGGUACCUCUUGCUGGAGCUGCUGGAGGACCUGGAGUUGGGAGAGCAGCGGGGAGGGGAGUACCAGCUGGUGCACCCAUGCCACAGGCUCCAGCAGGAUUAGCUGGCCCUGUCAGAGGAGUAGGGGGACCAUCCCAACAGGUGAUGACACCUCAGGGUCGUGGAACAGUGGCAGGGGCUGCUAGCAUAGCAGGAGCCCCAACUCAAUACACACCAGGGCGUGGGGGUCCUCCCCCACCCAUGAGUAGAGGAGCACCUCCUCCAGGAAUGAUGGGACCUCCUCCAGGCAUGAGACCACCUAUGGGCCCACCAAUGGGAAUGCCACCUGGCCGAGGUGCUCCCAUGGGAAUGCCCCCACCAGGCAUGAGACCACCCCCCCCAGGAAUGAGAGGACCCCCUCCACCUGGCAUGCGUCCACCAAGACCAUAAGACACUCUAUAAUGUACCUUUGAACUGUGAGAAGACUGAUCACGGGAAUACACUGAGCAGUGCCAGCUGUCAAAACUUUGCUAUGUAUAUUUUAUAUUUACUGCUUGUAAAGUUUGUCCUUUUUAAUAAAGUUGGAAAAC